GUGGGAAUAAAAGAUGGAGGAGGUGCCGCGGUAGACGGGGUGAUCUUGGCUUCUCUGGAAUCCCCGGUCCUUCCCCUCUCUCCAGUUUAGCCUCUGAGGUCACAAAACUUGUGGCCCCCAGGACACACAUGCGAGCGCGCACACACACACACCCCACAUAUUUAUUUUUUAAUCUAGAGGCUCAAAAGAUGACACACGCCGGAGCUGGAAGGCCUCACCAGCUAGUCCACACUUCCCUCCUCCCUUUUUGCGGAUGAGAAAACCGAGGCCUGGGUUUGGGAUUUCCAGAGCCCGGGAUUUCCCGGCCCUCCCACCCCAUUCUCCAGGUGGCUCUGACUCGCCGCGGCUCCGGGACGCUCCCUCGGAGCCGCAGCCGAGGGCCGCCUGGGACUCCCGGGGGACCCCGCCGUCGGGGCAGCCCCCACGCCCGGCGCCGCCCCGCCUCGCCUCGCCGCUCGCCGGAUUCGGCCGCUGCCGCUGCGCACUCGCGGGGGAGCCGGCGACCGAAGGCGGAGGCGGGGAGGGAGCGAGCGGGGCUGGGAGGGGUGCUGGCGCGGGCUCGCGCGCUGUGUAUGGUCUAUCGCAGGCAGCUGACCUUUGAGGAGGAAAUCGCUGCUCUCUGCUCCUUCCUGUAGUAACAGCCGCAGCUGCCGCCGCCGCCCCCAGGAGCCCCGGCCCGGAGCGAGAGCCGCGGGGCGCAGAACCGGCCCGGCUGCCGGACGGCGCGGCCCCACCAGGUGAACGGCCAUGGCAGGGUGGAUCCAGGCCCAGCAGCUGCAGGGAGAUGCGCUGCGCCAGAUGCAGGUGCUGUAUGGCCAACACUUCCCCAUCGAGGUCCGACAUUACUUGGCCCAGUGGAUUGAGAGCCAGCCAUGGGAUGCCAUUGACUUGGACAACCCCCAGGACAGAGUCCAAGCCACCCAGCUCCUAGAGGGCCUGGUGCAGGAGCUGCAGAAGAAGGCAGAGCACCAGGUGGGGGAAGAUGGGUUUUUACUGAAGAUCAAGCUGGGGCACUACGCUUCACAGCUCCAGAAAACAUAUGACCGCUGCCCCAUGGAGCUGGUCCGCUGCAUCCGGCACAUUCUGUACAAUGAACAGAGGCUGGUCCGAGAAGCCAACAAUUGUAGCUCUCCGGCUGGGAUCCUGGUUGACGCCAUGUCCCAGAAACACCUGCAGAUCAACCAGACGUUUGAGGAGCUGCGACUGGUCACACAGGACACGGAGAAUGAGCUGAAGAAGCUUCAACAGACUCAGGAGUACUUCAUCAUCCAGUACCAGGAAAGCCUGAGGAUCCAAGCUCAGUUUGCCACGCUGGGCCAGCUGAGCCCCCAGGAGCGUAUGAGCCGGGAGACGGCGCUCCAGCAGAAGCAGGUGUCCCUGGAGGCCUGGCUGCAGCGCGAGGCGCAGACGCUACAGCAGUACCGCCUGGAGUUGGCCGAGAAGCACCAGAAGACCCUGCAGCUGCUGCGGAAGCAACAGACCAUCAUCCUGGAUGACGAGCUGAUCCAGUGGAAGCGGCGGCAGCAGCUGGCCGGGAACGGCGGGCCCCCCGAGGGCAGCCUGGACGUGCUCCAGUCCUGGUGUGAGAAGUUGGCCGAGAUCAUCUGGCAGAACCGGCAGCAGAUCCGCAGGGCUGAGCACCUCUGCCAGCAGCUGCCCAUCCCCGGCCCAGUGGAGGAGAUGCUGGCCGAGGUCAACGCCACCAUCACGGACAUCAUCUCAGCCCUGGUGACCAGCACAUUCAUCAUUGAGAAGCAGCCCCCUCAGGUCCUGAAGACCCAGACCAAAUUUGCAGCCACCGUGCGCCUGCUGGUGGGCGGGAAACUGAACGUGCACAUGAACCCCCCCCAGGUGAAGGCGACCAUCAUCAGUGAGCAGCAGGCCAAGUCUCUGCUGAAGAACGAAAACACCCGCAACGAGUGCAGCGGUGAGAUCCUGAACAACUGCUGUGUGAUGGAGUACCACCAAGCCACCGGCACCCUCAGUGCCCACUUCAGGAACAUGUCACUGAAGAGGAUCAAGCGUGCUGACCGGCGGGGUGCAGAGUCCGUGACGGAGGAGAAGUUCACGGUCCUGUUUGAGUCUCAAUUCAGUGUUGGCAGCAAUGAGCUUGUGUUCCAGGUGAAGACUCUGUCCCUACCUGUGGUUGUCAUCGUCCACGGCAGCCAGGACCACAAUGCCACAGCCACCGUGCUGUGGGACAAUGCCUUUGCUGAGCCGGGCAGAGUGCCAUUUGCCGUGCCUGACAAAGUGCUGUGGCCACAGCUGUGUGAGGCGCUCAACAUGAAAUUCAAGGCCGAAGUGCAGAGCAACCGGGGCCUGACCAAGGAGAACCUCGUGUUCCUGGCGCAGAAACUGUUCAACAACAGCAGCAGCCACCUGGAGGACUACAGCGGCCUGUCCGUGUCCUGGUCCCAGUUCAACAGGGAGAACUUGCCGGGCUGGAACUACACCUUCUGGCAGUGGUUUGAUGGGGUGAUGGAGGUGUUGAAGAAGCACCACAAGCCCCACUGGAAUGACGGGGCCAUCCUAGGUUUUGUGAAUAAGCAACAGGCCCAUGAUCUGCUCAUCAACAAGCCCGACGGGACCUUCUUGUUGCGCUUUAGUGACUCAGAAAUUGGGGGCAUCACCAUCGCCUGGAAGUUUGACUCCCCGGAACGCAACCUGUGGAACCUGAAGCCGUUCACCACGAGGGAUUUCUCCAUCAGGUCCCUGGCUGACCGGCUGGGGGACCUGAACUAUCUCAUCUAUGUGUUUCCUGACCGCCCCAAGGAUGAGGUCUUCUCCAAGUACUAUACUCCUGUGCUGGCUAAAGCCGUUGAUGGAUACGUGAAGCCACAGAUCAAGCAAGUGGUCCCUGAGUUUGUGAAUGCAUCUGCAGAUGCCGGUGGGGGCAGCAGCGCCACAUACAUGGACCAGGCCCCCUCCCCAGCCGUGUGCCCCCAGGCUCACUAUAACAUGUACCCACAGAACCCUGACCCUGUCCUCGACCAGGAUGGAGAAUUCGACCUGGAUGAGACGAUGGAUGUGGCCAGGCAUGUGGAGGAACUCUUACGCCGACCGAUGGACAGUCUUGACCCCCGCCUCUCACCCCCUGCUGGUCUUUUCACCUCUGCCAGAGGCUCCCUCUCAUGAAUGUUUGAAUCCCAGGCUUCUCUUUGGAAACAAUAUUCAAUGGGAAGCGUUCGUAUACAUUGUGAGUUUAUACGGCUAUGCAUACUGACACCUCUGCAGGCAUGAGUGUGCGUGUGUGUGUCCUGGUGCAUGAGCUACGCCCGCCUCCCGUGUGCAACUCUGGGAUGUGGCUGCAGCAGCGGUGGCCUCUUUUCAGAACAUGGCAUCCAAGAGCCCACUGGGCCUGUCUCUGUCAUGGUAGAGACCAAGCCUCUGUCACUGCAGGCACUCAAUGCAGGCAAACCUAGUCCUCCUGUGCGCUUCAUCUGCUCAGCAUCUAUUUGAAUGAGAUGAUUCAGAUGGGGAGAGGAGACGGGUAACGUCUCUAAGCUGAAGUUCACUCCGGAGUGAGAAGCUUUGCCCUCUUGUGUGUGUGUGUGUAUCUAUGUAAAUGCAUCUGUCCUCAUAUGUUGAUGUAACUGAUUCAUCUCUCAGGAGGGAAGCUGGGUUCAUUUUCGAGUAAUAUUUUACACUUUAGUGAAUGUGGACUUCAGACUCUUUGUGAACCCUCUGAGUGCUCUUCUGGGCCCUGUCCAUGUCCUUAGCACAGAGGAGCCGCCCAGUUUGAGUGAGGCCUUCGGAGCUGCUCUGAAUUAGUCCUUGCUUGGCUGCUUGUUCUUGGGUUUUAUUCAAGUCUGUGAUGCUGUUGCCCAUGUUCCGCGGGAUCUGCAUCCUCUCCCCUGCGUCGGGCCCCAGCUUCUUUCCUUGCCUGUUUGUAACCUUGUCUAGGAAGAGGAAGAAAAGAUUGGGUCUAGGAAUAUGGUGGGUGGACAGGGGCCCUGGCACUUUGCAGGGUUGGUCCUUUUGCCUGCCCGGGGAAAAAAAAUUGCCGUGAAAGACAAGCUGCAGAUCAGCCACGUGCCGCGUGCCUGUGGAAUCUGGAGUGAGGGGUAAAAGCUGAGCUGGUUUGACUCUGCUGGGAGGUGGGGCCUAGGGCAGGCCUUGCGCUGUUGCGUAACUGGCUGCGGUCUGGGAAGGCCUUGCUCCUAACCUCACGAUCCUCCCUCUGAGGCUGCUGGACUUGCUGUCGGGGCAGCUGGCCGCGGAAGAUUGGGAGCCCAAGGCUGAAACAUCUCUGAAGGGAGGUGGGGAUAAGAAGAGGGAUUCUUUCUUACUUUGUACAGAGACCACACAUUUGUGUAAACAGUGUUUUGGAAUAAAAUAAUUUUUUCAUA